GUUGCAUUUGAUUUGGAAUCCAUACUGACUCCAUUCAGGAUUCCGAAUCAAAUUCCGAAUGGUUUGACCGGAUCGGUGACCAAACCACAGACUAACAGAUAUAACACUAUGAGGGAAUUCUCUCAAAAAACAUCGAUCCGACAAUUUUCCCAGAACACUAGCUCCACCUUUUAUUCACAGUCCCAAACACUCAUUUACUGGUGGGUUACCCCUCAGGUUUGGGAACAAUUUUUCACUAGUGGUCUAUCCCCUAUAGUGAGAAUCUGACGUUUAAAAUACUCACACUGAUAUCUUACAUUUUUCUACUACCGCCCUCCCCUCAAGCCCAGAAGCGGUUUGUUUUCCUCCCAAUUCGCUGUGCAAUCGAUUUGUUUUCCUCCCAAUUCAAACGUCAAAACGGCACAAUACCAACGCAGCUGGAUAAGUAUGCUUGUUCGUAUGUCUGGCGCCAUGAUUUCAAAUGUGGCCACAGUCCCAACUACAAAUAUAUUUAAAAUGACCGUUAAAGCGGGCGGAGCUUUGUUUUUUAGUGUUAUGUUUGUUAGUCUGUGACCAAACUGCAAAGCAAUUCAGUGUAUUGCUGGUUAGAUUACACGUCAGUCAUAUCGAGAGUUCUCCACGGCCAUUCGGUAUGAUCAAACGAAUCAUGGCAUACAUUCACAUGAACCCUGGAGCUGUUCUGGUUUUUCAACCAAUGCCAGAAGCGGAAGCAGGAGCAAUGAAAAUCUAUGAAUUACUGAAGCGUGGAAUCAUCAAAAUCAAGACGAGUCCCACCAGCUGGGUAUCACCACUUGUUGUAGGAAAAUUGAACGGCGAGCCUCGAUUGUGUGUUGAUCUCCGGCGAGUAAAUGAGGCUGUUCUUCGAAAACAUCAUCCGAUGCUGGUCGUCGACGAUUACAUCGCACGACUAGGGAGAGGAUCAAUUUGAAGCAAACUCGUUAUUCGUGAGGCAUUCUUACAGGUUGAACUGGUAGAAAAAUCCCGAGAUGUAACUACCUUUAUGACUAAUCGUGGGCUAUUUCACUUCAAGAGACUACCGUUCGGCUUGGUAACAGCACCGGAACUUUUUUAAAAAGCUAUGGACGAGAUAUUGGCAGAUUGUGACGGUACCUAUUGGUACUUCGACGAUGUAAUCAUCGACGGGAACAACAUCGAGGAGCACGACAAUCGCGUUGAAAAGGUUCUUUCAAGAUUGAAGGAAAGAGGAGUGGAACUGAAAUGGGAGAAGUGUCGACUACGUGUGGCUGAACUGGAGUUCUUGGGCCAUCGAAUCUCCGAAAUAGAAAUACGCCCUUCCGAGUCGAAAGUGGCAGCAUUUAUGUCCUUUAGAGAGCCUCAAAAUGAAGCAGAGCCAUCAUUCCCCUCAGAGAAGACCAUGCGUAUUUCCCACAGAGGUGGUCAACGGAUGUGUACAGUUGUCAAAAAUCAGCAAAAUAUAUUGUUCGUUCUCAGCAGUUGGACCCAUUUCCUGCCAUCCAACUUUCGGCGCACAGAACUCAAGUGAAACGUAAUACGAAACAGCGGCACAAA